CAUUCAAGAAUUGGAUCUUUAACUAUUAUAGACUUCUAGUCAAUAAUUCCAUCUACUCUGCCUUACUUGCCCUGCCAAUCGAUCGUCUCUCUCGCUCUGUGAGCGAUCUCAUUUGCGAUUUCGGCUUCUGCCAUGUUUGAUUGCUUCUGCUUCUUCUUUCCAUGCCAACAAGCAUGAACACCCACUAUUUUACUCGAUUGUUAUUGAUGCCAGUGCCUCCAUCAUCUUCCCUGCUCCGAAUCUCUGAUUGAAAACCCAGCAAAAGAAAAUUUCGAAAUUAGCUGUUAGGAUUCCUAACAAUACAACUCAAGAUUGGCUCGCACAAUAGAACUUUCUCAAUCACUCUCUAUAAAAAUGCCGUCCCAGAUCUUACCCAUAUCAAUCAAGCAUCCACAAUCUUCCAUUGGGUCACCCACCUCUGUGUCCGCCGCAGAUACAUUGCUACUCAAAACAGAGAUUAUUGAUGACCCAGCUACCAGUCUCCUCAUCUCUUCGUCAUUUGACGAUGAAACUAGUUUAUCCAUUAAGCCCCUUUUGCCUAGGACUUCCAGUUUUAACGGCACUUCAGCUAAGGCUAGUAGCUUAUAUCAGCAUCGGCGGCGCCAGACUGCCAGCGACAACUCUUUAUCUUCUCUAUCUGAUUACAAUGGCCGCCGCCAUUCCGUUGGCGAGGACGUGGGGCACGCCGCAGAAGAAACUCUUAUGGUGACUCGUUUGAGUUUGAAGCUAUUGAAAUAUCUUGGGGUAGGCUACCGAUGGAUUGCAAGGUUUCUUGCCUUGAAUUGUUAUACUUUGCUGCUUUUCCCAGGCUUUGUUCAAGUUGGAUAUAACUAUUUCUUCUCUAGUCAGAUUCGUAGAGGUAUAGUUUUUGGUGAUCAGCCUAGAAACCGACUUGAUUUAUAUCUACCAAAAAAUAGCAAUGGGCCAAAACCUGUUAUUGCAUUUGUAACAGGUGGAGCCUGGAUUAUUGGUUAUAAAGCAUGGGGCUGUCUCUUAGGGCAGCAGUUGUCGGAACGAGACAUCAUAGUGGCUUGUAUAGAUUACAGGAAUUUCCCUCAAGGGACUAUGAGUGACAUGGUGAAGGAUGCUUCUCAGGGUAUUUCAUUUGUGUGCAACAAUAUUGCUGAAUAUGGAGGCGAUCCUAGUAGGAUAUAUCUAAUGGGACAGUCAGCUGGAGCACACAUUGCUGCUUGCGCGCUCCUGGAGCAGGCAAUCAAAGAGGCUGGGGAAGGGGAAAGCACUACUUGGAGCGUCUCCCAGAUAAAAGCUUAUUUUGGUUUAUCUGGAGGCUACAAUUUGUUUGAUUUGGUUGGUUACUUCCACAGUCGAGGUCUUUACCGGUCCAUCUUUUUAAGCAUAAUGGAAGGUGAACAAUCUUUGCAAAGAUUUUCCCCUGAAGUCGUGGUACAAGACCCGAAUAUUAGAAAUGCAGUUUUGCUUCUGCCUCCCAUUGUUCUUUUUCAUGGUACUGCUGAUUAUUCCAUCCCACCAGAUGCCAGUAAGAAUUUUGGCGAUACUCUUCAAAGAGUUGGAGUUAGAGCUGAAACGAUACUGUACGAGGGAAAAACUCACACAGACUUGUUUGUUCAGGAUCCAAUGAGAGGUGGCAAGGACCAGAUGUUUGAAGACUUAUUAACCAUUAUCCACGCCAAUGAUGCAGACGCCCUUUCAAAAGAUGCGGUGGCUCCUCCACGAAGACGGCUUGUACCUGAAUUCAUGUUGCAGUUGGCUCGUAGUGUCAGCCCUUUCUGACCAUUUUCCUUUCAUUCCAACUAUCAUACCCCCCAACAAACUUAUAAGUUGUCGAUUCAAUGUCCUUCGUACAUACUGUAAUAGAUCCCAAAUUACAAGUCUCUUUGUUCUGUGUUUAGCUUUAUACCAUUUUGAGAAAACUUGUAAGAAGUCGAUUCGUGUUGCAGUUAGCGCGUAGGCACCAUCACUGGCUAGGCAUGCUCUUUCUUGACCUGCCAAAGAAGAAAUAUAAUUCUGUUGUAGAUUGCUGGUCUCUU